AUGUUCCCACAAAUUAGAAUUAGGAACCAUGAUCGCGAUGCUUUACGUUUCAUUGGGAGAGAGAAUAGUAGCAGUCCGAUAAAAGAGUACAGAAUGACCUCUGUAAUUUUUGGCGCAGUCUGUAGCCCAUGUACCGCCUUAUACAUUAAAAAUCGGAACGCCGAGGAAUUACAGAAGUCAUACCCCGCGGCAGCAAAAGCUAUAAUUAAUGAUCACUAUAUGGAUGAUUACUUAGGGAGUAUGGACGAUGAAAACGAGGCUUCGCAGCUCGCGGCUGAUAUCGUUACUAUUUACAAGGCAGCAGGAAUGGAAAUGCGUGGAUGGAUAUCAAAUGUACCCACCGCGCUUACUGCUAUUCCUGAAAAUUUACGCGCUGAGCCACUUGAGAAUGUUCACGUAGGACCUGAAGCAUUUGUCAGAACAUUAGGUCUCAUAUGGCACCCACAAAGCGACACCUUUAGUUUUCGUCUUGGGCCCGGUAUACCUGAUAAUGCAAAAUUAACAAAACGGAAGGUGUUGUCUCAUUUAAUGUGUGUGUACGAUCCACUGGGUCUUCUUACUCCACUGAUAAUUCAAGGACGUAUAUUAUUUCAACAAACGUGGAGAACCAGUGUUGAUUGGGACACCGAGUUGCAAUCAGAUAUGGUUCAAAAAUGGUUAUUCUGGUCUCAACAAUUACGCAAAAUUUCUGAUUUUAAAAUUCCUCGUUGGUACAGAUGUGGGUUCCAGAACAAACAAAUCGUUGACAGACAGAUUCACGUUUUUGCCGAUGCAAGUGAGCAAGCAUAUUCUUGUGUCGCUUACUGGAGAUUUACUUUUUCAGACGACUCCGUGAAGUUAUCACUCAUUGGUGGAAAAGCACGUCUAGCUCCGCUUAAACCCACAUCUAUACCUCGCUUAGAACUUCAAGCAUUUUUGAUUGCAGCUCGUUUUUCUCUUACCAUACGCUCCAGUCACAGUGUUAAUGUGAAUGCAACUUAUAUCUGGUCCGAUUCCACCACAGUAUUAAGUUGGAUUCGAAGCGACGCCAGAACAUUCAAACCAUUUGUCGCUAAUCGUGUCGGUGAAAUCACAGAGAUAACUAACGUUAGUAACUGGAAAUUCGUACCAGGUAGUUUGAAUGUUGCAGACGAUGCAACAAGAUUUAAAGAUCGCGAUACUGAUUUGAAGCGAUGGUUCUCUGGACCCGAAUUUUUAUUAUUACCGGUCUCUGAUUGGCCUAGAGAACCAUUGACUUCGGAGACCCUAUCCACUUUCGAGGAGUUAAAACCCACGAAAGUGGUAGUGGGACUAACAAUUCUGGAUGAACCUUCAUCGGUUACACCAGAUCCCUCGCGCUUUAGUGAGUGGUUUCGUUUGGUGCGUGCAACCGCGCGCGUUCACCAAUGCGCGAACAAAUUUAGAUCUCUUUUGGCACGUUUUAAAGAUCCAAAUUCUAAAUUUAAUAGGGACUCAAACCUACAAUCUCCGACCGCUUCAGAUAUUCAGAAAGCUGAAAUUGCUAUUCUCAGAAAGUCGCAGAUAGACAGUUUUAACCAAGAAAUGGCUCUACUACACGACUCCAAACCUCUGCCAAAAUCGAGCAAACUACUUUCUUUGUCUCCUGUACUUGACGAAGAGGGUCUUCUCAGGUUGGAUAGCCGUAUCAAGCGCCUAAAAAACGUUGAUUGUGACGUUGUAUCCCCUAUUAUACUCGAUGGUCGUCAUCCAGCUGUACGUCUUCUUAUUCGUCACUACCAUGUCAAAGCCGCCCACACUUUCAACGAGUUGGUUUGCAACGAGUUAAAACAACGGUUCUGGAUUUUUCGUUGCCGCAGUGAAGUCCGUUCGAUCGCCAAAAGAUGCAUGUUUUGUGUGAAACGCAAGGCUAACCCACAGAUUCCUCCAACAGGUGACCUACCAGAAAUGCGUCUUGACCACCAUUCACGUCCUUUUACAAACGUCGGUUUAGACUAUUUCGGUCCGGUGGAAGUCACAAUUGGUCGCCGCAGAGAAAAACGCUGGAUUGCCUUAUUUACAUGUAUGACAACUCGUGCUGUUCAUCUGGAAAUCGUCGCUAAUCUGUCAUCUGAUUCUGCCAUUGCCAGUUUACGUCGCUUUAUAGCACGCAGAGGAGUACCGAAAAUAAUGACAUCUGAUAAUGGAACGUCUUUUGUGGGAGCGAAUCGCCAAUUAGCCGAGUUCCAUAACCAGUCCGUACAAGACUUCGCUGCCGCUAACCAUUGUGAAUGGAAAUUCAUACCACCUGCAUCGCCGUUUAUGGGAGGCUGCUGGGAGCGUUUAGUACGGACUGUCAAAACCGCUCUCCUGACAACUUUAAAGGAGAGAGCACCAAAAGAGGAAGUUCUUCACACUUUCUUGUUAGAAGCGGAGGCUCUAGUAGAGUUACGAGUCAUGCUGACCAAGUAA